AUGACGGGCGCUCAGCCGUACAACGGUGAAUCCCCCCAGCAGCAGCCCCGAUUUGCGGCCAACGAGUCUCCGGCCAAGAAUCAUUCUUUCUACCCGAGCAAUGAGCCGUCGCAGGGACCGCAGCAACCACAGCCAUCCUUUGCGCACCCUCCUGCUCCGCAGACUCCUCCAGCUUUUGGUGCUGCAGCCGUGUCGCGGAGCCCGCGCUUUACCCACGCGUCGCCGCUUCCUUCGUCAACCCUUCCACCGCCCUUGAAUGGGGCCGCACCUCCUCCACCCCCAUCUCUUCCGGAGACUUCCUCUCAAUACUCAUCAGGUCCAUCAGGGAGUGCCACUCCAGGGCUGCCGCUGCCCCGUCCUUUUUCAUCAACCGUCAUGACUGGCAAUGGCACCUCGCCCUACGGGCCCUCAGCCGCCCACGCUCAUCCGACAAGUCGUUUGGAGAGCCAUUCGCAGUCACCAACUCGGGAUUCUCAUUCGCCUUACGGCCUCAGAGGCAAUGGCGUCGUCUAUGGAUCCUCGGCGCCCAAAUCAACGUCCCCGGUGCGGGAAUCGAAGCCAACACGCGCCGCGGAUCCCAUGUCAUUUGCCAGCAUCUUGUCCGGACCAACAGAAGAACAGCCGGCCCGAAAAUCCACUCCUCCUCCCGCUGCGACGAAACCCGCGUCGCCGACUCCGCCAAAGCUUGAACCCCGUCAGCCUGAAACAGGACCGGUGCCGGGCACUUUCCUUCACAAAUCCGACAGAAUACCAAAAGUAGAGCCUAAGCCUCUGGUGGAGCCACCCAAGGGGAUCUUCACACCCAACGGGUCGUCCAAGACCGCGACGGAGCCGGUCGCCCUGGCCCCUCGCCCGGCACAAAAGAAGGACACCCCGCCCGCUGGUGUCGAUACCGAUCAGGUUCACCGGGCGAUGAUAGAUAUUGAUAGUGGCGACAAGAGUGAUGUCGACUGUCCAGGUUUUGAUGAGGAACUAGAGAAGUUCCAGGAAAAAAGCAAGAAACGACUCUUGGAGACUUCUCGGACGGAACGAAUCAGCCGCAAGCGUCGACGCAAUCACACCUUGAAUGAGUUGGGACGAUCUUUCGAGAAGCAUGCCAUCCUCGGUGCAGAACGAUUCCGUGUCAGUCACGAAAGCUCGGUCGUUGCCGAAGUGCAACAGAAAGAGAUUCAGGACGAGAAGGAGCGCAAGAAGGAUAUGCAACGAAAACGUCGCCGCGAGAACACCGUCCGCUUGGAAAUGCAGAAGAAGCUGGAGGCCGAACGAAAGGCCGACAAGGCUCAGGAUUCCGCUGAAAAGGCCAAAUUCUUGCGCGAGGCAGAGCGGGCACAAAAGAAGAUUCGGUCGACAAAGCGUGCGCUGGAAGGUGGCAAUGCUCAAGAUGAGCUCGGCGAGGUGACGCCCCUGGCUCCCAACCUCGAGGGGGGUACAACGAGCUCCUUCCAUGUUGGUCGCGGCUCACCUUCGCGCCGCAAGUCGGGACGUGGUGGCCCAUCGGCGCGGCCCAAGAAAUCCAAGGAGCAGAAACAGGCGGAGAAAGAUGCCGCCGAGAACGCCUAUCUGGCCGGCUUGGAGGAUGACUCCGUCCUGCCCACCCCGCGCGAGCCCAAGAAGGAUGCCCGGUCCAAGGAAGCCACGCCCAUCAUUCAUCUGCACUAUGAGAGCAAGGGCUACAACCAGAUUUACGAGCAGAUCUGGCGUGACACUGCUCGCAAAGAGUGUCCCAAGGUUUACCGUAUCAAGACGGCCUCGCUUUCCAAUCGUCAAGAGAACUCGCGUAAGACAGCCCAGCUGGCUGGCAAGCAGUCACGCAAAUGGCAAGAACGGACCAAUAAAAGUACCAAGGAUACCCAAGCCCGUGCCAAGCGCAACAUGCGUGAGAUGAUGGGCUUUUGGAAACGCAACGAGCGAGAGGAGCGUGAUCUUCGUCGUUUGGCUGAGAAGCAAGAGCUCGAGUCGGCGAAGAAGGCUGAGGCGGAGCGUGAGGCCAACCGACAGAAGCGGAAGCUGAACUUCCUGAUCUCCCAGACAGAGCUGUACUCCCAUUUCAUUGGUCGCAAGAUCAAAACCGCCGAAGCAGAGGCGAUUGGAGAUGGUACGGUUGCCGGGAGCAACGAGACUAUCCAACCAGGCAAGCCUACGGCACACACGGUCGACCUGCCUGACAGCGUUGCCGAUCAGAACGCCAAGGUCACCAACUUUGAGGAUAUCGACUUUGAUGCAGAGGAUGAAAGCGUCUUGCAACAGGCUGCCAUGGCAAACGCUCAGAAUGCCGUGCAGCAAGCCCAGGAUCGUGCCCGCGCCUUCAACAAGCAGGAUGGUGACGACAAGAUGGCGGCCUUUGAUGAAGGCGAGAUGAACUUCCAGAAUCCGACCAGUUUAGGUGACAUUGAAAUCUCACAGCCGACCAUGUUGACCGCCAAGCUGAAGGACUAUCAGCUGAAGGGUCUGAACUGGCUUGUCAACCUGUACGAGCAAGGUAUCAAUGGUAUCCUUGCGGAUGAGAUGGGUCUGGGUAAGACCAUUCAAUCGAUAUCCGUCAUGGCCUAUCUCGCGGAAUUCCACAACAUCUGGGGUCCCUUCCUCGUGAUUGCCCCUGCGUCCACCUUGCACAACUGGCAACAAGAAAUUGCCAAGUUCGUGCCCAACCUAAAGGUGCUUCCUUAUUGGGGAACCACGAAGGAUCGCAAGAUUCUCCGUAAAUUCUGGGACCGCAAACACAUCACGUACACUCGCGAGUCAGAGUUUCACGUGCUUGUCACUUCGUACCAGCUGGUGGUUGUCGAUGCACAAUACUUCCAGAAGGUCAAGUGGCAGUACAUGAUCCUAGACGAGGCUCAGGCCAUCAAGUCUUCGCAAAGUUCGCGAUGGAAGAAUCUGCUGGGCUUCUCCUGCCGCAAUCGCCUGCUCCUCACUGGUACACCGAUUCAAAACAACAUGCAAGAGCUGUGGGCUUUGCUCCACUUCAUCAUGCCGACCUUGUUCGACUCUCACGACGAGUUCAGUGAGUGGUUUUCCAAGGACAUUGAAUCUCAUGCGCAGAGUAACACGAAACUGAACGAGGAUCAACUGAGGCGUCUGCACAUGAUUCUCAAGCCUUUCAUGCUCCGUCGUGUCAAGAAGCAUGUUCAACAAGAACUUGGCGACAAGGUCGAGAAGGAUAUUUUCUGCGACCUCAACUACCGCCAGCGUGCCCUGUAUGCGAACCUGCGCAAUCGUGUGAGCAUUAUCGACAUUAUCGAGAAGGCUGUAGUCGGCGACGAGACGGAUAAUACCACGCUCAUGAACUUGGUCAUGCAGUUCCGAAAGGUCUGCAAUCACCCGGAUCUCUUCGAGCGUGCCGAGACCAGAUCGCCACUCUCCCUCGGAACCUUUGCUGAGUGUGCCUCCUUCAUUCGCGAAGGACCCUUUGUCGAUCUCCGGUACUCCAUCAGAAAUCGAAUUGAGUACCAAGUGCCCCGCUUACUGUGCAGCGCGGAUGGCCGUACGGAUAUGCCAGGCCCCGGAAAUGAUCGUGCUGGGUUCCGAGGCAAGUAUUUGGACCAUAUGAUGAACAUUUGGGACCCGCAAAAUGUCCACGAGAGCUCGCGUAUGGACGGCGCAUUCUCAUUCCUGCGCUUUGUUGAGACCUCGGCCGGAGAGGCGAGCCAAUACGGCCGCUCUGGGGUACUUGAGCGUGCCUUGCAAACCCGCGGUGCGCUCAAGGACAAGCUCUCCAGAUUGAAUGUCGUCUAUGACGACAAGGAGGCUUACCCCGACUAUACUGUAAUGCCUCAGUCUUUGAUGAACAUUGUGGCGCGGAACAAUCGUCAGGCCCUGAACGAAAUUACUCCAGACGGUAUCAUGCGCAACUUGUUGAACGUUUCCCGGACAAAGUUCGAAGACCAAGGUCUGAACAUGAUUGAACCAUGCGCUGCGCCUGCGGCUUCAGCUCCGCCCAUCACCCUUUCUUGCUCGGGUCAAGGCGCUGAGCUCGAGACUCGGCGUGCCCUCUUCAAUCCUGACGUCCGCUCUGCAAUGUAUAGCAAACCCUCAAGAUACCUCGAGGAGCAACUCUUGCUCAACAAGGCCGAACCUUCACCGUACUCGAAGCCACCGAUGCUACCAGAACCACUGUCGCGCAAGGCUAGAUACACUCAUGUCGAGGUUCCGUCAAUGCGACGGUUUGUCACAGAUUCCGGCAAGCUUGCCAAGCUGGACGAGCUAUUGCGGGAGCUCAAGCCAGGUGGCCACCGUGUUCUGCUGUACUUCCAGAUGACGCGCAUGAUCGAUCUGAUGGAAGAGUACCUGACCUACCGAAACUACAAGUACUGUCGACUCGACGGAAGUACGAAGUUGGAGGACCGUCGAGAUACAGUUGCCGACUUCCAGUCGAAUCCAGAAAUCUUCGUCUUCCUUUUGUCGACACGUGCCGGUGGCCUUGGUAUCAACUUGACUGCAGCAGACACCGUCAUCUUCUAUGAUUCCGACUGGAAUCCCACAAUCGAUUCACAGGCCAUGGACCGUGCCCAUCGUCUGGGGCAAACGCGGCAAGUCACGGUGUACCGCCUCAUCACCCGCGGCACCAUUGAAGAGCGAAUUCGCAAACGGGCACUACAAAAGGAGGAGGUGCAGCGUGUCGUUAUCUCCGGUGGUGCCGCUGGCGGUGUUGACUUCAACACUCGCGCUCGUGAGAAUCGUACCAAGGAUAUUGCGAUGUGGCUUGCGGACGAUGAUGAAGCCGAGCUCAUUGAGCAGAAAGAAAAGGAGGCGCUCGAGCGUGGUGAAUCGUUCGGUGUCCCCAAGGCCGGUAAGAAGGCGCCUGGAAAGCGUAAGCGUGAGCUGACGAUGGAUGACAUGUACCACGAAGGCGAGGGGCAUUUUGACGAUGCCAGUGCUAAACCGUCCGGUGCUGCUACCCCCAUGUCAGACAAUCUUGACGCGGUACCAGGGAACUCCUCUGUCGCGCCAGCCAAGCGUGGUCGUGGUCGUGGCGGGGGUAAGGCUGGCUCAUCCAAACGUGCCAAAACCGUGAAAGAACGACUCCGUCUGAUCGAUGGUGAUGGCGGCCUCAGCUAG